CUCCUGUCCAGAGGAGGUCCUCUUGCGGGCGAAUGGCGUCUUCACCCUCGGGUGGUAGAGCGCAUUUGGGACUGGUUCGGCACAGCGCAAGUCGAUCUCUUCGCUUCGCGAGAGACCACGCACUGCCCCCUAUGGUUCUCGGUGAAGGACCUCGACAGCCCCCUAGGAGUCGAUGCACUGGCUCACGAAUGGCCGCCAGGGCUCCUGUACGCAUUUCCACCGAUUUCGAUGCUCCCCGCCUUCUUGGAGAAGGUCAGGGUAGAGCAAGCGACAGUGAUUCUGAUCGCUCCUCGGUGGCCUCGGAGGAUUUGGUUCCCGAGUCUGGUGCAGUUGUUGCACGGUCGCCCGAGGGAGCUCCCUCUGCGAGCGGACCUGUUGUCCCAAGCCCAAGGAGGGCUAUGGCAUCCGAACCCCAAGCUCAUGCAGCUAUGGGCUUGGCCCCUGAGCGGGAGCGCCUGUCAGCCUUAGGGCUUUCGACAGCGGUUAUAUCGACCAUUCAAAGUGCGAGGGCGCCCUCCACUCGGUCGCAAUAUACGUAUAAGUGGCAAUUAUUUCAGAGUUGGUGUCUGGCUGAGGGCCAUGACCCGGUCUCCUGCCCUAUGGCAGUGAUAUUACAGUUUCUGCAGAAGCUGUUAGACGAGGGUAAGUCUCCCUCUACACUUAAAGUGUAUUUGGCCGCUAUUUCGGCUUGCCACGUACGCAUUGACGGGUUAUCACCUGGUUGCCAUUUUUUGGCAUCUCAGUUUCUGAAAGGCGCAAGACGCUUGCGGCCUCCAAGAACGACCAGUUUACCGUCGUGGAGCCUUGAUGUGGUGCUGGAAGCCCUUGCCAAGGCGCCGUUUGAGCCUCUCCACAGCGUGGAUAUGAAGCUCAUAUCUAUUAAGACUGCGUUUUUGCUGGCUGUGGUAUCAGCAAAACGCGUGAGCGAGUUACAUGCACUGUCAGUGCAUCCUUCUUGUACUCGUUUUGCAGGAGACGGUUCUAAGGUCUCCAUGCGCCCUAAUCCGGCCUUUUUACCAAAGGUUAUAUCCCCGUUCCACAUGAACCAGUCAGUCGAGUUGAUGGCGUUCCAUCCUCCUCCUUUUUCUUCCCCAGAGGAAGAGCGGUUACACAUGCUCUGCCCUGUGAGGGCAUUGAGGUGUUAUAUUGACCGCACAAGGACUGUGAGGCAGACAGAACAGUUGUUCAUAUGCCAUGGUUCUAGAUCUUUGGGUCAGCCGCUGUCUAAACAGCGCCUUUCCCACUGGAUAGUGGAUGCUAUUAAAUUAGCGUAUGAAUCUGCAGGCCUUCCUCCACCAGGGCAGUUGAAGGCGCAUUCUACCAGGGGUAUGGCGACAUCCUGGGCCCUCUUUCGAGGGGUGCCGGUGUCUGAUAUUUGCGCGGCAGCCAGUUGGGCUACGCCGCAUACUUUCAUGAGGUUUUACAGGCUAAAUGUGCUGGAAUCCUCUGCUCCGUCAUUUGGAGCAUCUGUGUUGCACUCUAUGACGCCUCAGGUUGCGGACGUCUAGAGUAGGUACAAUAUGGUGUGACUAUUCCACCUUGGGACAGGUGUCAUUGCGAGCAUAGACGCUGAGGCGCAGCUCCGCAUAUGCCUAGAUGUACUGCCUACGCAGUUGCGUUAUGACGUAAGUCUGUCCUACUGCCGAGAAUCCUCCCUCGCGACGGCUUGGGUACACUGUUCCCAUACCUUGAUGGUUAUUUUCGACUUGAAAGGGAACGAUAGGUUGCGGAUGCAACCCCGGUUCCCUGAAAGAGAAAAUAACCAUCAAGCCGCGAGGUCGCUCUGGAGGCCUUCACGGCCUGAAGGGCAAAAGAGGAAGUGACUCUC